AUGCACCCGAUGUCUCCAUACGUGCUGGGAUUCGUCUUCCGGAAGCGAUCUUUCCUUCACCCCACGAAACCGAGGUUCUGUCAGCCCGCCUUGUUGGCUAGUAUGCUCUGGGUUUCUGCUCAGACCAGCGAUGCUCCAUUCCUCACCAGUGUCCCAUCGGCUCGAGGAAAGAUCUGCCAGAAGCUAUUGGAACUGACAGUGAGCUUGCUCAAGCCUCUCAUCCACACCCCAUCUGGCGACACCUCCCCAGCCACCAGUCCAGUCAUCGAUGGGGUUGCUCUUGGCGGCCUUGGAGUAGCGCUCCCUGGGUCCAUCAGCAUGGAUGCACUCACCGGAGAAUCGGGUCCGUUCGGCGCUGCAGGGACGCUGGACGAUGUUAUCACCUACAUCCAUCUCGCAACGGUAGUAUCGGCAAGCGAAUACAAGGGCGCCAGUCUUCGCUGGUGGAACGCCGCCUGGUCUCUGGCUCACGGCGAGGCCGAAGAUGGCAUUGGCAGCAACAGCCACCCGGGCGUCAUCACAGAAGAAGAACGCGAAGAGCGUCGACGUAUCUGGUGGCUGACUUACAUUGUUGAUCGACAUCUAGCCCUCUGCUAUAACCGACCAUUAUUCCUCCUCGAUCUCGAAUGCGCUGGUCUUCUGCAACCCAUGGACGAUACUGCCUGGCAAAAUGGCGACUUCCGCCAGCUUGACAACACCACCGAUCCGAGCCUCGGAGACGGGUCCAGCCAGUCCGGCCGUGUCCGUGGUCCGCAUUUCGAAUGCACAGGGCAUAGCAUUUUCGGGUACUUCUUGCCCCUCAUGACCAUCUUGGGCGAGAUCGUCGACCUGCACCACGCCCGCAAUCACCCCAGGUUCGGCGUUGGCUUUCGUUCCGCCCGCGAGUGGGACGACCAGGCGAGCGAAAUCACACGACACCUAGAGGCCUACGAGCACAGCCUCAAGCGCUUCGAGCAGCAGCACCUCACGCGCCAUGUCAACUUGGACGACAAGAUUGACCUUGUUAACCCGGAAAAUGGCGAGCACGGCUCCAUCGCAGACAUCGGCACUCCGUCUGUCCACUCAGUCCACACCAACGCGUCGAAUCGCAUGACCGAGAGCGACAUCCAAACGAAGAUUGUCAUGGCCUACGGCACCCACGUCAUGCACGUCCUGCACAUUCUUCUGGCUGGCAAAUGGGACCCCAUCAACCUCAUCGACGACAACGACCUCUGGAUCUCGUCCCAGGGGUUCAUCACCGCAACGGGCCACGCCGUCUCGGCGGCCGAGGCCAUCAGCAACAUUCUCGAGUUCGACCCCGGUCUGGAGUUCAUGCCCUUCUUCUUUGGCAUCUACCUGCUGCAAGGGUCCUUCCUCCUGCUCCUCAUCGCCGACAAGCUCCAGCUCGAGGCCUCGCCCAGCGUCGUCAAGGCGUGCGAGACGAUUGUGCGUGCACAUGAGGCUUGCGUCGUGACGCUCAACACGGAGUACCAGCGCAACUUUAGUAAAGUAAUGCGAAGUGCUCUGGCCCAAGUCAGGGGCCGCGUGCCCGAGGACCUCAACGAGCAGCACCAGCGCCGUCGCGAGCUGCUCGCGCUGUACCGCUGGACAGGCGACGGGACCGGCCUCGCUCUUUAG